UUGAGGCUACACUAGGGGCGGAGUUUGACCUCUCAAGUCUCAAAACAUCACUAAUCCGCGUCGGACAUUCUGGCACAGGCCAUCGCUGGCCCCGUUUGUGCAGAAAAGGGACACAUUUUCACCGAAAUAACACUGUCCCGAGCGGGUCUGUGCGGCAACAAACCGAGGCUCGGGCUGCCGUCUUUGUGCGUGUCGGAGGUAUUGGGAAUGCUGCACUAUGGCAGAUAGUGCGUUACAUGCGUCUGGACAUAUCUGCAGACAUUUCUAGGCAGUUGUUAUUUGCGAGAUUCUGGCGAGAAGUCUUGGGAUUUGCGCGUGGACAGCUGGACCGCCCUGCGCCUUUAUUGGAUGCGAGCAGUCAAGUAUCCGCUUCCCUUUAAGAUAUUGUCCAGUUGCCAUUCAAUGUCCAGUAGCACAUGGCUGAGGCUGCCCUGUGGCUGAUCCCGACAAUGCUUUCAACUAACCGCUCCGGAGGUGCGUGGGGAUGAAAUGGAUGGAGCCCAUGGCCAGACCAACGCACCAGCUCCCACCUCACAGCAUGUCCAGCCGCAGCAAGUCUCCCCCCAACUCUGGAGAAGUUGCAGGCUCUAACUCCAUGUCAUGGGUGAAGAUGUUCAAAAAACCCAGAGGAGGCCUGAAGAAAUCCUACCAGCCUGGGAGCAUGCUGUCUCUCGCGCUCACCAAAGGCCUGCUGAAUGAACCCGGGCAAAAUAGCUGCUUCCUAAACAGCGCUGUUCAGGUGCUUUGGCAGCUGGACAUUUUCAGGAGAAGUUUAAGGCAGCUCCCAGGUCACUUCUGUCUCGGUGAUGCCUGCAUUUUCUGUGCUUUAAAGAGUAUAUUCAGCCAGUUUCAGCAGAGUAGGGAGCGUGUGCUCCCCUCCGACAGCCUGCGUAACGCCCUGGCUGAAACCUUUAAGGAUGAGCAACGCUUCCAACUUGGCUUGAUGGAUGAUGCUGCUGAGUGCUUUGAGAACAUCCUGGAGCGAAUUCAUUUACACAUAGUUUCAGACACUGCGACUGAUGCUUGUUCAUCCAAAUCCUGCAUCACGCAUCAGAAGUUUGCAAUGAUGCUUUAUGAGCAGUUUGUUUGUCGCUGCUGUGGUGCAUCUUCAGACCCACACCCAUUCACAGAAUUUGUACAUUAUGUCUCAACCACUGCUUUAUGCCAACAGGUUGAUCGCAUGUUGGGGAAGAACGAGCGGCUCAGGUCAGACAUGUUUGGAGAAUUGCUGCAGGCAGCAAACAACACAGGUGACCUCCGAAGCUGCCCGAGCGACUGUGGUCAAAGCAUCAAGAUCCGCCGUGUGCUCAUGAACUGUCCAGAGAUUGUCACUAUUGGAUUUGUAUGGGAUGCUGAGCAGUCUGAUCUUACGGAUGAUGUCAUUCGGUCACUUGGUCCACGUUUGAACCUGUGUGGGCUUUUCAACCGUGUCACUGAUGAAAAUGCCAAACGGAGUGAGCUACAUCUGGUGGGGAUGAUCUGUUUUUCGAGUAAACAUUACUCAGCCUUUGCCUAUCACACCAAAUCUUCAAAGUGGAUAUUUUUCGAUGAUGCUACUGUAAAGGAGAUUGGAUCCAAAUGGAAAGAUGUUGCCUCUAAAUGUGUCAGGGGACAUUUUCAGCCACUUCUUUUAUUUUACACGAAUCCGGAGGGAUCUCCAGUGUCUAAUGAAGAUGCACCAAGACAAACCACGAUGUGUCCUCGAUACAAAGCCCAAGUAAAUGGUGACGUGACAGUGAAACACCCCCUUGGCAGUCCUAGCAAAUUCCAGGAGCCGUUCAUGGAGAAUUUACAGAGGCCAAGUGAAUCAUCAAAAAAGGAGAGAGGGCAUCGGAAAAUGGACCAAUCACAACACAAAGAAAUGGCACAUGCGAGAUCUUCGUCUCCUCCAGAGAAUGGACAGAGGCCUCCUGUGGACCAAAAGUUAAAAACCUAUCCACGCACUGAGAAGUCAUCAAACCAUUGGAGCAGAGGAUCUCAGGAGCCACGCGGACAGUCUUUCGGUACACAGGGUGGUGGGCAUAGCCGGAGGAACAACACCUCCCCAAGUCACUGUGAUCAGGAGAGCUGCCAGGAGCAAUGGGAAAGAGGUGGAAGUGAUGGAAGCCGCAAUAAAUCUAGAUCCACUUGGAGACCCAUUCGGGAGGUGUUAAAUGUGGACACUGUGCUGAAUGAACUGGAGCAGCGCCGUCAACAGCAACACGACAGCCCGCGGCACAGUAAGCCUUCAUCCCAGGAACGAGUGCACACCGAACAAGGCCGAGACCGUGAGCGGGAAUAUGUACGAACCAGAGAGGAUCGGAAGCAGAAGUGUUUAAUGACGAUUUACGAAGAUGAGCAGCGGCAUGAGACAGAGAGCCACAGCUCUGUAGAGUCAGAGAGCAGGGCCAACCAACAGAGGGGCAACAGACUUAAGGGUGGCCCGAAGACCCUGCUACGCAGUGAUACCUGGACCAUUCAAAGGACAGAGUCCGGCUAUGAGAGCAGUGAUAGACUUAGCAGUGGCUCUACAAAUCCUGACUCACCUGGAGUUGAUGGCUUCAUUGUUAAAGACCAGAGAUCAACACCAGAGGCACACUUACAGAGUCAGCUGCACCAAAAAGGAGGCGAUUCCAAGUCAAGUAUAACAUCCUCCCCUUCACACAAUGGUAAAAACCAACCCAAACCUCAGGGAAAGAACCAUGACCAAGUUUCACAUUCACAUCUAAAGUGCAGUCCAAGUUCGAGACGGAAAUCAAAGUACACUUCUAGUACCUCCAGAAAAGCAGCGUCUUCAGAGAGGGACUCCACUGGUUCAGAUAACAGGCAGACUGAUCAGCAGGAGCUGACAAACUGUAGAGGGCACACUGGAGAAAGUACAGUCCUGAGGCACAUUACAAAAACCAGCAGCUCCGAAUGGAACAGCUCCGAUGAUCUCGCUCUCUCUGAGACCGAGGACAGAGGAAGUGCUUACCGCUCCAGCAACAGCGAGGCUGUCACCUCUGAAUCCCAGUGUCCUCACAUAACCCUGCAAUACCACCCUCUCAGCAGUGUGUCUGCAGAACCUCUCCAGCUGAACAAUCAGCGUCAGCUCGGCACGACAGGGUCACCUCACCUUCGACCGACCCAGCGGAUCUCUCUUCACCAGGGUGAAACAAGCCACGCAGUGUUUCGUCCGAGGAUGCUUCAAGAACCCUUUCCAUCAAGUCCUCGUCUAUCAUCCACAUCCUACGUCAGUCCUCACAGGAAACCUGACAUAUCAGGCCUCAGAACCUUCUCAGAUGCAAGCUCCAAGUCGGGCUCUGACCCAGAGAGGAGUACACCAUCAUCAUGUGAAAGUGAGGAAAGACUAACUGGAUGCAGAGUAGAACAGGCAGUGCCAGCUCAAGAGGUUUCUCUGACAACAUACUUCUCUGUGGAUAACUGUAUGACGGAAACAUACCGUCUCAAGUACCACAACCAGAGGCCUCUUGUCCUCUCUGCCACAGUGCCACGGACAGUGGUUGUGACUGAGCGCAGAGAUACCAGCCACACACUCCCCACUGACACAUACUCACAAGAUGUGCCAAAAGCCAGACCUGAAACAAGCCAUAAUAGCAAUAAACCCACUGCAAAAUGGAACCCAGUGACAGCCAAAGGACUGGAUGAACGUGGUUUUUUAUGAGUGUUACUCGGUAAGGUUUGUUUACAUGGACAGUGGUCAGUAAGAGUACUUACUGGAUUCCAAAGAGUUUAUAGAAUGGAAAUGUGUUUUCGAAGCCCAACAUCUUAUGCAAGCUUGUCACAUAGGUAAAACCUAUUUCUAAAUGCUGUUGCAUACCGUUUGAUGGAUUAUCAACAAUCGUGUAUACUGUACCGUCUUCCAUUGUCCCGCAGAAUUGCUGCAAGAUUUUGUUUUAACCUAAAUCAGGACUUGCACAAAAGGAUAUUUGAGUCUUUAUUAUUAUUAUUUGUAUCACCUUUUUAAUUCGUGAAGUAGUUCUGCAGAAAUGAAGGUACAGCAAUAUAUUGCAAGUAAGGCAUGAGAGAUUAAUAUGAGCCACUGUUUGAUUGAUUAUACUGUGGUCUGUACAGUAAUUAUACAAAGAUGAAAGAAGAAAGUGUGGUGAGAAAUCGCAGCAUGCUGACAUGAAGAUAUGUUAAAGAUGCUUUAUCAGAAUAUGAUUCUUAAUUCAUUCUAUAAAAUGGAAUGGAAACCUAAAGGCCGAAGGUUUGCAUCAUCAGCAGCAGUUUUAAAGAUAUUUUUGAGUGCUUUUUUUUAGCCUUUAUUCGUGACAGGACAGGAAAUAUGGGAGAGAGAGACAGAGAGGGGACGACAUGCAGGAAAGGACCGUGGGUCAGACUCGAACCCAGGUCUCUGUGGCAAGGUCUAAGGCUUUGUACAUGGGAUGCGUGCACUAGUGAUGAGCUAGCCGGAGCCCCGGCAGCCGCAGUUUUAAAGUAGUUCAUUUAUUUACAACUGUCAAAGGAGUAAUAUCUGGGCAACUUACUUUAUGCAGAUUGAGGUCACCAGAGAACAGACAUUGCACCAUUUAUGGAUAUUCAGUUACUGAUUUGUGUCGUUAUCAUUUAUCAGUUAUUUCACAACAUUUAUGUGUUAAUGAAUGACUGAGGGCUGCUCCGUACCAGUCAGCCUGCUUGGCUGUGAAAAUCUGCUGACAAACAUUCAUGUGAAUUCAUUAUUUCAAAUGAUUUGUUAAUUUUACUGGAAAAUUUAAAGCAGAUUCUGUGCCAUCAUUUGUAUGUAUGUCAGCAAGUCCUAGAAUUUGUUGAAUAUGACGUAUAGUUGGGGCAGCCCUCAGGUUACUCAGUAGGUUACUAGAAACUGUAUGACCAUGUCACCUUGUGUACUCUACCUUCAAUUGUGCUGGAUCUUGUAAUCUUUUUUUGUAAUUCACAGUGAUGUCAAAAUGUAUUUUUCUUCCUUUUAAAGUAGACAGAUUUAAAUAAGUCUGUAUUUGCAGGUAUUUUCAUAAUGUUGCCAAUUUAAUUAAUAUGCCUAAUCUAAUACAACACAACAAUUAUUCUUGUUCAAGACUCAAGACUAAUGUUCUGAAACCUGCAUGUGGCCUUUACAAAGUCUUACUAGCUGUGUGUACAGCAUAAGCCUGAGCAUGAUAAUACUGGACUUUAAGUCCAACAAAUAUACAUUUUAUUAGAUUUUACUUAAGUGUAAUAAAAUUAAUUAAUUAAAUAGCAAUUUAUAACUACAGUUGAUUUGGAAACUUUUAACACUUGAAUGAUCUCUUGCUUACGCGGGGACACUUUUGGUUAUGCAUCCACUGUAAAUAUAAACAUGUGAUGCAAACAAUACACUAGAAAACAACUGACUGUCCAAGACAUACUAUGCAUUCACUAACAAUUACUUUAAUAUUAUUUUAAAAGCAAAUGUUGGUAUUUUUAAGGCUUUGUAUUCUGUACAUCUAACAUUCCUGAAAACAUAAAAAUCUUAGUGUUGUUCAAUUUUCAAAUAUUGAUAUAAAUUUUCUUUUGUGCUCACUAGAUUGCCAAGUCUUUUCCUAAACAUCCUGCCACUUAUACAUUUUCAUGUACUUCGCACUUUUGUCUAUCCACAAUAACCUUUGUCCAGGUAUUUCUCAACUAUACUAACCGCACACAUUUAGUCACUAAAUUUGCUGUAUUUCUGUGUGUUGUGUUUGUGCUGUCUAACACCAAAGGACAAUGUUUAGAGAUUUAUGUGUGUGUGCGUGUGUAUGUGUGUGUAAUCACACAUAAACUUUAUUGACACUGUUAAAAUUCAAGAAAAAAAAGACAUCCAAUGUAACUGAGUUAUUAAGAAUUUCUUUAACCUAGCAAUCUAAUGUUUCAAAUAACAAAAGGAUGCCUUUACUCAAUUUAUUUAUUAACUAGAUUAUCUUAAUGUUGUCUCACCUGCAAAGUGUUUUUGUGGUUUCUUAUGUCUAAUGGUUAUUUCAUUUAUUUACAGUAUUUAUCUGGUUAUUUGUUUUCUUCAUCUGUAAGGGUAAGGGUUAAAUAAGGAACUCUAUUGUUUUUAACUCUAUUUGUUUUAAGUUGUAUUUUAAGAUUCUGAACUUUGUGUCUUCAGUUGUAUCAAGAGUGCCUUGACAUUUUCAGUGGGACAUUUUUUGUGAGUGAAACCACAGUUAGGGAAUGAAGGCGGUGAAUGAAAAGGAUGGAGGAUGCCAGGCAAAACUUUCGAAUAUGCAAUGCUAAUAGAGACAUAUCUGAUGACACGCCUCCGUGUGCCCCAUUGAUACUGCAUGUGUGUGUGUGUGGGGGAGUGGCAGAGGGAGGCAUUUGUGCAAGGUAAAGCUCUUUCAGACUAAGAAGCUGCAACCACAGCGACAAGCUUGUAAGUGGCAAGUGCAUCACACCUCUUGGGAGAGCCUUGAUGUAUAAUAACUGAAAGAUUUCUUUUCAGUGCAAAACUUAAACAUUAUAAUAGUAAUUAAAUGUGCACACACGCCUGUGUGUCUGCUGGUGUGCAAGCUUGGUAAAAAGAAAACUGAUAAUUGGUUUUCCUCUUGCACCCAUGAUCUGCAGUCUUCAGUCACAGUAAGGCUUUGGACCUAUUUGACAAAAGGUCUUUUUGUCCUGUGUCACAUAAUGUCACAGUUGGCAUUGCAUCAAUCCAUAUGUUUAAUCUUGUGCUAAUAUACGGGGACAGAACCUAACUAGACUGUAUUGCAUCAACACUGAAGAACAACGGAGAAACAUAAUGUCACUGAUUUGAUCUGAUAAGUUUCUGGCUGAUGUGGCCUGAUGUGUUGGAACUGUAUGCCUCUCUAAAUCCUAUAGUCAUACCUUGGUGUGUAGUUAGGAUUUGGCCUGACAUUACUAUUGAACUGAGUUGUUGGUGCUUCAGUGAAUGCUUCAUGACUUGUACAGAUCAAUUUAAGGAAACAUAUAUAAUCUGUCUACACUUUCUAUUUUUGUAGAUAAUAUAUAUUUAUUUUUAUUCAUUGUUGAAUAAAGUUUAAAUUAUUGUAUCACUCUUGAAAUUAGUAACAUCACUGUGUAUGUUUUUUAAACUUCACACCAACUACCACAGAUUCUCACAGAAACUUUUGAUAGAUUACAGAAAAAAACAAAACAGAAAACAGGCAGUCACAGUAUGGCUUUAUUACUGCAAGUAUCAAAAUCCCGUGCAAUUCAAAACUGAUUCAUACACUGUACAGGCAAGUUGCACACUUUUCAAAGGCUGUAUUGGUAUAAUUAGUUGGUAAUUCAACACACUACUGUAAGUAAUCCUGAAGUUAAACAUGUCACAUUAAAGUUCUGGUGAUCAGUUGGAUCUAACCCCU